GUUCGCGGCGCGCGGUGGUCGUGCGGCGAGCGCGCGUGAUGUCUACGAGAUGAGGCUGGCUCUGGUGUUACUGUGGCUGGGCGCGGCGGCCGCCUGCGGCCCGGGCCGAGGCUUCACCAACCGCCCGGGGCCGCGGCACCGUCUCUACCCUCUCGUCUUCAAUCAGCACGUACCCAACAUCAGCGAGGAGAACGGCCGCGCCAGCGGCCCCCCCGAGGGUCGCAUCAUCAGAGACGAUGAAAAGUUCAAAGACUUAGUGCCUAAUUAUAAUCCGGACAUCGAUUUCAAGGAUGACGAGGGUACGGGCGCAGAUCGCCUAAUGACCCAGAGAUGCAAAGAGAAGUUAAACACGCUCGCGAUCAGCGUGAUGAACCAAUGGCCGGGCGUCCGUCUGCGGGUGAUCGAGGGCUGGGACGAGGAGGGCUCACACUGGGAGCACUCGCUCCACUACGAGGGGCGAGCGGUGGACGUGACGACGAGCGACCGAGACCGCAGCAAGUACGGGAUGCUGGCGCGGCUGGCCUACGAGGCCGGCUUCGACUGGGUGUUCUAUGAGAGCCGGUCGUACAUACACUGCUCGGUUCGGACAGAAUCGUCAAGUGGCAUGGGUGCAGGCUGUUUCCCGGGCGGCGCGGUGGUGCACACUCCGGAGGGCGCGCGAGAUAUCGGCACCCUGCGGAUAGGGGACCAAGUGCUCGCUGCUGAUGACAGCGGAAAGAUGGUGUACUCGGAGGUUGUAACAUUCAUCGACCGCGAUCCAAACGCGACUCGAAGAUUUAUAGAAGUGACAGCAGAGAACGGCGUAGCGAUCACGGCUACUCCGUCACAUCUGCUCCUGCUGGCGGCCGCGGACGGCUGGCGGGAGGCGUUCGCGGGCGACGUGCGGCCCGGCGACGUGCUGCUCACGCGCGGCACCGCCGGCGUCAUGCGGCCUUCGCGCGUCACGCACACCCGACCCGUGCACAAGCGCGGGGUGUUCGCGCCGCUUACGAAAACGGGCACGGUCAUAGUCGACGACGCGCUAGCGUCCUGCUACGCCGUAGUCAAGAGCCACUCGCUGGCGCACGCCGCCAUGGCGCCGCUCCGCUGGACGGCCGGCUGGAGCUCCGCCGACAGCCCCCGGGGCGUCCACUGGUACGCCAGCGCGCUCUACUACGUCGGAGACGUCGUGUUACCGUCGUCGUACUCCUACCAUUGAUAUUGUUAAGUGAAAGUGGAACUUGCCGCGUCGCACGCGGGUCGUGCACCGCUCGGACGACUGUAAAUAGAACCCAGUGUAAAUAUCCCGCCACUGUAAAUAUAUUCGACUAGAAAUGUUCGACAACGAUUUAUAUAUAUAUCCGAUAGGAAUUAAUUUAUUAAGUAGUCUUAGGACGUAAAUUGAGAUCGCAUAGGUAUUAUUUAGUUCAAAGUUUUGAAUAUUUGUAAAUUGUGUCGGUAUUGUUAUUCUGCACAAUGCAGAAAUAAUUAAAUGUAUGCGCUUAUGUCUUUUUAAGUAUUUACCAGAUAACUGUAAGUGAACGAGUUAGAGUUAGAGAUGUAAGGUGCGGACUAAAGUUAUUUUUCGUUAGAGAUCCCUAUAAUAGUUUGGCAUGUUCAGUCGGCCGUCCGAUCAUCACUGUUAUGAUGCUGUUCUCCGACUCUCUCUUGUAACCGUGUUCCAUGCCUCUAAUCGUUUGGCUUGCUAACAUAGAUGGAUCAAUUACAGAUUUAGGUUUUGAAAUGUGUUGUAGCCUAUGAAUUUUGCCUAAAUCCUCACAAUUACCUCUCCGCCAUAAUUUUUCGUGGAUUCCGGCAAGUUUGAUAUCCUGCGACACAAUUUUUCUUUCCCGCGCCUUUAAGUUGAGAAAUUGGAAUCAGUCCGUUUAGUUUAACAACCCAUAAACCAUUUGCGAAUAUGAUGGCACGUUACGUUACGUUAAGUUUCAGUUUCCUUAUCUUGGGAAACUGAAACAACGUAUAACUCAACUUACGCAACGCAACUAAAACUCGAGGGAAGUUGGACGUUGUUUAGUUUUUCUACAACCCGUAUGCACGAACAUCAUUAGAAAAUGAUAAAAUUGUGAUCUUGGUACCUAAAACAGUGCCUUAAGAUUUAUUUAUUGUUAUUUAUAAGCUUUUUAUUUAUAAAUUGACGAUAACUAAUAGAUUUAACUUAAACCUACCUUAACUUAUUUUCGCAUGACAUGUUUUCCACUUUCUUUCUUAAUUUAUUUCUCUCCCGAUUCUUCAUUAAUUUAUGCCUCUCUUUUGUUUAUAUACUUUUCGUUUCAAAUGAAAUGUUUGACUGUGCCUUAUUUUAUACAUUUAACGUUUAAUGUGGUCUGAGUAAUUCAUGCUUGUCAAAUCUAUGAAAUAUUUAGGGGUGUAUUCUUAGCUUUAGCUUCCUUUGUAUAAGUAAGCCGUUGCCAACUGAUGUUACAAACGCGUUGUUAGCAAGUGCCGUUUGACAAUGGCUACAGAUCGUAUCAAAGAUCGUGAACUGAUGUUUGGGUUCCUAUAGUUUGAUUUAGUAAAAUGUUGUUCGUUGGCUGGCAACACCGUUUAGAAAUAAUAUAAACUUGCUUCCAAAUUCUACUGCAGUUACAAACUUUUUUACAAUGAGCAUAAUGAUCACUGUACAGUCAACCGAAUGGAAACAUAGAUACAUAAAACCAUUUCAUGUAUUAACCUGAUUUUUACGCCUAAGUGACGUUAUACACAAUACGAAAGGCUUCCAUUUUUUGAGUGUACGUGUUUCUAGACAUGGCCUAAAAGGACUUAUACAAUAAAUUUAUUCAUAUAAUAAGAAUAUACUUACGUAGCAGGUAAAUCUGAAAGCUUUAACUAAUAUUUUGACAAUAAUAUAAUGCCAUAAGGUUGCCAUACAAGCAGUUUAGUUUAAAAAACAGAAACUGAACUGUUCAACUUGACUUUGAAAAGCACAACAAGUUAAAUAUAAUUUAAUAUUGUGAAUAUAACACUUAAAUAGGUACCUAGGGUAAAACCGAUCUUAAAACGUACACAUUUGAAUGUGACAAGGUGGCGUUUGUGUAAGUUGGUUUUACUAGGGAAAAGUUGUGGCAUAAAAAGUAGGUAGGUAACUUAAUUAAAAUAUUUAGAUUAUCAAGCAAGUCUAUUAAUAUCUGACAAGGAAUAAUUUGAUGUUUGACAUGUUCAUAAGUGUAUGAUAUCUUUACCUAUUAUGUCAUUAUUUGGUAGACAAGUUUAGGUAAAUUUACUCAAUGUAUAGGAAUAAAAUACAAAAAUGUAUUGUGCUUUUUAUAUUAUUUAUUUAUUGCUGUUAUUUCGUAACAAUAUAAAAAAUCUCCAAUCAACUUAAGUUGUUCUAUUAUUUCCCUAGAUAUUUUUAGGUACAUCAUAAACAUAUGAAAUGACGAGUAGAUUUCAGUAUGGUUGGUCUGAAAAAUAGACGCUUUAUGUAUAAUAAUCAAAAUAAACUGUUGGCUUUGUGAAAACGG